AUGGCUCAACCGGCACCAUUGCCACCCACGCCCCGUCCAGACACCUUCCCCGACCCUCCCGACGCCGCUCUCCUCCCAGGCCUGCCCAUCAGCUCACCGGGCGACGACUGGGUCGUCGACUUCGAGAACAUACAAGCAUACGAGAAGGCCAGACUAGCCAUGAAACCCACGCACGCGCUUCGCGAUCAAUGGCUGGCGUCGGAGCGGAACUGGAAGUAUGGGAUCGGCAAGGGCUGGGCCGGGAAGAAGGUGUUGGGCCAGGGCGGCCAGGGGAUUGUUGGGCACUGGACGUAUGAGGGUGCGGAUAGGCGGCAGAAGACGGUGACGGAUGUUGCUGUCAAUCAGGCGCUGCGGGCUGGGCCAGCGAACACGGGCUGGGGACUAAUCCAACGCAUAUACCUGGAAUUCUGCCCCGGAGGCGACUUGAGUGAUUGGUUGGACAGGUAUUACGACCUUCCAAGGAACGUCGCGGAAAACGAUCUCUGGUGUAUCUUCCAGUGCUUGGCGAGAGCAGCGUUCGUCAUGCAUCAUGGAAGCGAGGAUCCGAAAAGCGAAAGAUACAUGACGGAUGGCGAACUCGUUCAUUUCGACCUGAAACUAAACAAUGGUAGGAGGAAAGGUCGUUUGAAGGCAACCGAAGAGCUAACUUCUUCAGUUUUGGUUGGGGAUCAAGCUCUGGAUAACGAGCACAGGAAUCAACCUCCGUAUAAGAUAAACGACUUUGGGCUAUCGAAAAAGGUAACAACAGGGCCUCAGGACGCGAAGUAUUUGAAGAAAUACCAAUAUUAUAGCACGUACUCUUGGUAUGCACCACAAAUCGGCCUGAUAAUGCAAGUCCUGAUGCGCAAGCCUCCCAACAGGGUACCAGACUGGCAGAACUUCACAACCUACCAAUCCAAAGCAACAUACCGUCUCGCCACCGGUGGCCUCACCGUCGGCUCCAUCCUCGACGAAGAGCAAGACGGGCAAGAAGGGGCGCGCUCCCUCUACAGCAGAGAACUGCGCUCGCUCAUCGCAGAAUGCCUGCUACUCGCGCCCGCGCACCGGAUCCUCCCUCGGGAACUGGUGGAGCGGACAGCGGAGGGAGUACGCACGUGGCAGACGUCGCUGGGCACAACCCUCGGUCCGCCGUUGCCCCAGUGGCAGGAGCCAGUUGUAUCUGCACAGUGGCUGGAGGGGUGGGAUGAUGUUGAUCCGCUGCAGGCUGCGUUCCAGGCGCUGCGGCUUCAGGUCAACCAGCUGAGGCAGCAGCGUGCUGCUCGUCCGCCUGUUCUUCCGAGACCUGCACAGGCGCAAGCUCCACAGGCUGGUCCUGCUGGGCCCGCAAACGCAGUGGCAGGAAGGACGCUAAGGGUUAUUUUGCAGACAAGAUCGAAGUAUGCAGGACUUAUUAGAGGGGGACACAAGAUAUUUGCGGUCGAGAAUGUGAGUGAGGAUACGACGGUGGUGCAAGUUAAGGAUACACUUGAGAGGCAGAAGUGUGGGAUUAAGGCGACGGGCAUGAAUAUAAUGUGUGGGAGGAUGCUAAUGGCGAAUCACCAAACGCUAGGAGAGUUUCCUGGGUUAAAUACUGUGAAGGCUAUGGAUGCUUGA